AUGAUGGCCCUGGCCCUCUGCCUGCUGCUGUCGCUGCCCUUCGGGGCCCUCGCGCGGCCCGCGCGGCGUGCUGCUGCUGCUGCUGCUGCUGCUCCCGCGAGGCCCCCCCCACCUCUGCCAGAUAUUUCCACUUUUCUCGUGCUUUCCGUGACAGAUCUGCAUGCAGCAGCAGCAGCAGCAGCAGCGUUUGACGACGACAUAGAGGACCCAGCAGGUCCUCAGCUUGCAGAGCUUUACAGCUACACCCCUGUGGGGGCCCUUCGGGGGCCCCCCAGUGGGCCCCCCUUGGGGCCCCCGGAGAGCUCCACCCCGCCCUCUCCCGCUGCUGCUGCUGCAGCAGCAGCAGCAGCAGCUGCGGGCCCCCCGUCCGGGGCGCCCAGCGGGUCCCGAGGGUCUGUGGGCAGCAGCAGCAGCAGCAGCAGUUUGCCCGGCGGGGAGCCGGAGGGGCCGGGGGCCCCCGCCCGCGGGGGGCCCCCCGGGGGCCCCCGGGGGCCCCCGGGGCCCCGGGGGGCCCCCCGAAGGGUCCAGCUUUUGGGCUUUUCGGAAGCCAAAAAAGAGCUGCUGGGGGCCCUCGAGGGACGCGCAGUCCCCUGGCACUUGCGGUGGCUGCGGCCAGUCUUGGAAGUGAGCUUGAGGGCCCCCGAGAGUUUGCUGCUGCAGCAGUUUCAUGCUGCGCUGCUGCAGGCAGCAGCAGCAGGACUGCAGUGUGUGGCAGAGCUGCGCAGACUCCGCCGCAUAGACAAGGGCCAAGUGCAGCCGCAGCUGCAGGAGCUGCCGCUGCUGCGGGCUCGUGCUGCUGCCUGCAGCAGCAACGUGCAGCUGCUGCUGGCGGAGGCCCGCAGGCGCCUGCAGCAGCAGCAGCAGCAGCAGCAGCAGCAGCUGCUGCUGCUGCUGCUGCGUUGUGCUCUGCAUACCCCGCUUUCUGGGGCCCUUUGCUGCUGCCCACUCACCCCCCCAGGCACAGCAGGGCCCCCCCCUGGGGGCCCCCACCUGGGGGGCCCCCCCCCGGGGGCCCCCAACACGGGGGGCCCCCAAACUGGGGGGCCCCCUAUUAGGGGGCCCCCAGCCUGGGGGCCCCUCGCUCAAGGGGCCCCUGAGUGA